GUUUAAUUCAAAGCAAUUCAUCCCUACCUACCUAACUACUUCUCAACCUCUACCUACAUAUCCACGGCUCUCUCUACAACAACACUACCACCUAGAAACACACAAUGUCAACAACAACAACCACACCCUCAAAACGCAAAUCCUCCACCACAACAACAUCAUCAUCCUCCACCCCCAAAACCAUCCACUUCACCUCGCGCACACCAACAUGGACAUAUCUCAAACUCCAAUUGAUAAACAAUCCCCCCACCACAUCCACACCCCUCGACCCCCUCACAGCCCGAACCUACCUCUCCGCCGCGCUCUCCCAAUUCCUCGGAUUAACGGGUACAUCUAUUCCCAUUGAUAUACUCAAGAUAUCGCCGCCCCGGCCAUCGUGGGCAUCAUCAUCGACAUCUACGGGAGGGAAAGGAGCGGGGUUGGGAAGCACAGUAUGGACACGCGUGCCGCGCGACGAUGCGGCGGCGGUUGUGGCUGCGUUGAGUUCGUGGAUUGGAGGGAGUGCGAGUACGGCUACAAAUACAUCAGGUGCUGGUGGUGGUGAUGUGGGAGGAGGAGGGGGCGGCAGCGUGGCGUGGAGGGUCUGUGCGAAGGGGAAUCAUCUCGGGGCGUUGGUUAAUGGGAAUGGGGGGGAGGUGUUCAUUCCUUGAUCGAUCUGAUCUGGGUGUGGGUGAGGAUGGAUGAUAUUUGAGGUGAUGGGUGGGGUCUGUUAUGGCUAAGAUGGGAUUAUCGGGGGGUUAUAUUGUGGGAUAGUGCGGUACGAGUGGCAUGGUGGGAGGACCUACGG